UUCCAACUUAUUUAUUCAUCCUCGUGGGAAGAAGAGCGUCGAGAUCUGCCGGCGAGGAAAGAGAGUGCCGCCGAUGGCCGCCGUCGCCCCCACGCCCGAGGACCACGUGGCCGCCGACGCUGCCAAGCUCGUCGCCGGCCACGUCGAAGACGAUGAGCAGCAAGGGGGUUGUUGCUGCUGCAGUGCUGCGUCUUCAUCUCUGGCGAGGCGAGCCACGUCCUGGUGUCGCCGGAGGCUCGUGCCGCGCCCCGUCGAACGGACCGAGCCGGCAGCCAAGCCCAAGCGGGUGCUCGUGGCGGUGGCCGCCGGUACCGAGCCGCUCGAGGCAGCCGCCGCGGCCGACAUCCUCAACCGCGCCGGCGCAAGGGUCGCCGUCGUCACCGCGUCUGAGGACCUCGUCGUGGAGGCCGCCCAUGGGGUCAGGUUCGCCGCGGACGGCAGAGUCGCCGAGCUGGGAACAGACGAGUUGGACCUCAUCGUGCUGCCGGGAGGAAUGGUAGGAUCAGUCAAUCUCAGGGACUGCAAGCAGCUGGAGAAGAUGGUGAGGAAGCACGCUGAAUCGGGUCGUCUGUGCGGCGCCAUCGGCGCGUCGCCGGCGGUGGCGCUGGCUCACUGGGGCGUGCUCAAAGGCUUCAGGGCGACCUGCCAUCCGGCCCUGCUGCGGCAGCUUGGCGACGACGGCGGGGUGAUCGCCGUGGAUGACAGGGUGGUGAAGGACAGGAACGUGGUGACCAGCCAGGGCGUCGGGACGGCCAUCGAGUUCGCGCUUGCCUUGGUGGAGCAGCUCUACGGCAAACCCAAAGCAGAGGAGGUCGCCGGGCCUUUGUAUGUGCGCCCCCAGCAAGGAGUCAAGUAUACCAUCCAAGAGUACAAUCACAUGGAGUGGAAAUGCACCGGCACACCUCUGGUUCUUGUGCCCGUUGCCAAUGGCUCGGAGGAGAUGGAAGCUCUGAACCUGAUCGACGUCCUGCGUAGGGCAGGCGCACGCGUCACCGUGGCGUCGGUCGAGGACGCGCCGCGCAUCGUCACCCGCCACUACAAGCUCAAUCUGAUCGCAAUGGCUCGGAGGAGAUGGAAGCUCUGA